AUGGCCAAAAUUGACGAUGCCAACGGAGAAGUCCGCUAUGCUGAAAAAAAAGUCAGUGAAGCAGAAGAAGCGCUGGCCAGAGCCAGAGAAAAUGAAGUGGUCCCAAGGAAGAAACGUCGAUCUGCUGAAUCCGAUUACGAAGAUUUGUCAGAAUUGCUGGGCAAGAGCGAAAAACGAGUUUUGAUUGUUACGAAAUUUGCUUUCAAACACCACGAUGAGCCAGAGGCGAAGCGAGCAAAACCAAUCGAAGACGAAAAUAAGCCUCAGUGCAAGAUCUGCUUGUAUCCAUUCGACGAGGAUCACCCCGAAGCUGUAAUCAUCCCAUGUGGCCAUAAAGCCUGCUUCACCUGCAUCAAUGAUUUGCCGCAGAAAAAUUGCCCAAGCUGCCGAGCAGAGUUCAAAGACAACAAUGUUUACAAGGUUUUCAACUGA